AGGAGGUCAUGUGACUCAUCUCCGCUCAGAUUUGUGUUCCCUCACAACUUGGCUCCGGGAUAUUCGUUCCUUUUAGGAAAUCUUCCAUGAUGGAGUCUGAAGACGAUCUGUUCGGGGGGAUUGUGAUGUCUGAGGAGAGGUACCACGGGGAAGGAUACGAAGAAGGCUUUGCCGAAGGAAAUCGCAUCGGUGAGACAGAAGGCAAACAGUACGGAGCCGUGUAUGGGGCGAAAAUGGGAUCUGAGCUGGGUUGUUAUCUUGGAUUUGCUUCCACGUGGAGACUCCUCCUCUCGCCCAUCACAGAUGAAAAACAGAGCAAAAAAAUAAAGACCCUCGACUCCUUGAUAAAAAUGAUUGAGAGCUUUCCAUCAGAUGACCCAACUAAUGAGACGCUCCAGGAGGAACUCUCGAGGAUCCGGGGCAAAGUGAAGCAGGUGUGUUCUACGCUGAACAUCCAGCCAGACUUCAGAAUAAACCAUGAAAACUCUGGACUCUCGUUCUGAUAUUGGCAGUGAAGACGGCGAAACGUCUAAUGGCGCGCAGAAGGCGCGCUGCCGGUCGGGCGCUGGAGCCAUGCUGUGACUGAGUUUGGCUUUGGAGUAGGAAAGACCGAGGAGUAAAAAUGCUCAGUGUAUUUGCUGUGGGCUGAAAUCUCUCGCCCCCACUUACCUGGCUGCUGCCGACAGAUUUUCCACCUUCUUGGAUUUUGCACGCCCCUGCCAAAGCCUGAGCUCACCCAGUCUCCUCGAGCAGAAGUUCUCAUACAAGGGGGAACCUGAAAAGAACUGUUAACCUCCUAGUUCUCAGGGACCACUGGGGGAGUAUCCUAAAUCUGACCAAGGCCUUAAUAACCGUGAGUUUACCCCACGUGUGACUGCUGCAUCCAGGAAAAGGACG